GCCGGGGGAGGGGAGGGCAUGGCGGGGCUCCGCUAGCGCCAGAGCUCGGGUGGUGGUUGUGGCCUCUCACGGCGCUUCUUCGCCCCAAAGCGCGGGCUCGGCCCCGCACCGGAAGGCAUAAUGUUUUUAACAACAGUAUUACUCCAAAAGAGAAUUCCUGGAAAACAGUGGAUUGGAAAGUACAGGCGACCAAGAGUGGUUACCCUUUCAAUGAAGGAAGCAAUGAUCCGAAGGUUGGAAAUUGAAGCAGAGAAUGAAUACUGGCUGAGUCGACCUUACCUAACACGGGAACAGGAGUACAAACAUAACACGGAACAGAGACGUGCAAGAUGGGAAGCUUUCAAAAUCCUGAUGAGAGCCAAGUUUCCUGAGCACAGAUAUAUCAGUGAUCAUUUAAACCACUUAAAUGUGUCAAAAAAGUGGACUUGAAUAACGGUGUAUUUAUAUUUGGUGUGUAUUAUGCACUACCCUGGGAUCUGCUGUUGUACCUACUAUGGCAGUUUUGUAAUUCAAUAUAAUAAGGGUAGAUGACAAACAAGACUUUGUUACAGUAUACAAAAUCUAACAUUAAAAAGUAGUCCUACAGAA